GCGACACUAAUGUCAGAGUUUAGAAAUCCUUUAUUAUAAUCUUUCUGCAAUAUGCGAUUGAUGUUAUCUAGGACUGAAUGAUCUUCGCUGAUCACCAUGUUGCAGAUAUAAAGCUUAGUAUUGUCAACUUCUAAGUCAGAAAGAUAAUCGUUUUCUAUGUAAGGAAGAAUCUGAAUUACGUCUAGCUGUAACGGGCUUCCCACCAACUUUCCUUUAUAAAAGGCCUCGAGAAAACAAUUGACUGUGUCGUCUUCAAUAUUGACGCAUGUUUUAAAAUAAGUUACAUUCGGCUCGUUGGAAUCGAUGUGCUCACGACUCUCCACAUUGUCACUUUGUCACUGUCAGUGAGUUUGCCUCAGAUGGUUGAACAUCAAAGCGGACUUCAGAUCCUUCAACGAGGUUAAUCCUUCCAAGGUCGUUAAAGUUUGGGAUCAAAGUGUAGUUUCCAGCCACCGUCAGUGGAGCACAUACUCAAAAAGUUAAAUGGACCGUCCCUUAGGUGUAUAUUCUUUAUUAUAGCAUUUUCACACACCAGUCAUGUACUUCGUGGCGCUCCUUGUCAUAUCGUGCGCUUCCCAUGUCAUUGCCUCUCCUUUCAACAAGUCAUUGACGCUGGGAUAUGACACAUCUUUGGAAAAUGACGAAGAUAAAACGUACCCUCCUGGUAUCAAAUUUCUCGGUGGUGGCUACGAUCUUAUUAAAGGAAAUCCGGACAAUCGUCGUUCAGAUAAUGCAGGUGCUGACCCAGGCCUUCAUCCUUCCAGAAGAAUCUUGCAUUUCACCAAAGGAGAUAAAAAAACAAUUCAGCGUGGAUUUGACUUAUACGAUGAAAUUKCCUAUACUCCCCGAAGUGCUUGUGUCAAAGAGAAAAGUAACAGCAUCGUGAAGGAUACCCAAAGCUACCAAAACGAACUUUCAGUUGGUGUAUCACUUGGAGCAUCGUAUGAAGGAGUCCUCGCUAAAGCUGCUUUUACGGCUAGUGCAG